AUGUCGCUCUACACCACACCCGGUCUCCUGAUCCGCGAUCACCCAUACAACUACACCGUCAAUAGCUCAGAAGAAUGCACUCUCACAACCUGCUCCCUCCUUCAAGCCCAAUACACAUAUGACCCCUCCCUCACCGGAAACGCUUUCGUUGCCUCCAUUUUCAGCCUCCUCCUUCUCCUCCAACUCAUCCUCGGAAGCUACUACCGAACAAUUGGCUUCACAAUCGCCAUGUCCUGCGGCCUCAUCCUCGAAAUAAUCGGCUACAUUGGUCGAGUGCAAAUGCAUUUCAAUCCCUUCAUCCAACAGCCUUUCAUGAUGCAACUCAUCUGCGUAACAAUCGCCCCCGUCUUCUUCACCGCAGCUAUCUACCUCGGCCUCUCGCGCAUCAUCGUCGUUUACGGGACCCACCUCUCUCUUCUCCUGCCUGGCACAAUUGCUAUCUCCUUCAUGGUCUCGGACUUCUUUUCACUACUUCUCCAAGCGGGUGGUGGCGCGGUGGUGGAAAUUGCGAAUGACGUCGCGACGGAAAGGAUUGGGAUCCAUCUUACGGUUGCGGGACUCGGCUUGCAGGUUGCAAGUUUGGGUCUGUUGUUACUAGGGUGUGCGGAUUUUGUGAGGAGGUGCAGGGGGAUGGGGAAGGUGUUGUCGAGUGUGGAUGCCCAUCAGAGGAUCAGACGAAAAGGGUUGUUUAGAUCGUUUCUUGGUGGUGAGUUGGUGAAAAAAGGACUCCUUUUUGCUACACUUGCCAUCCUUACGCGCUCAACAUACAGAAUUUUCGAAUUGCAAGGUGGGUUCCAUGGCAAGCUUUGGAACAGUGAAGUGGACUUCAUGGUAUGUGAUGGAACAAUGGUUGCGUUGGCAAGCCUUUGCCUCACGAUCUUGCAUCCAGGUAUGGCUUUUCAUGGAUAUUGGGAUGCUGCAAACUUCAAGCUCAAGAAUAAGGGGUUCUGUGGUCGCGGAGUGUAA